UUUAGAAAUACUCCUAAUCUUUCAGUAGCCAGCCAGAUGCAGCUGUGCUGGGAAAGACCAUUGUUAUUGCCUGCUGCUUAAUACAUGAGUUUUUUUGAACGCGUGUCAAGCCGUGCUGUUUUCCCUUUGUGUGUGCUGAUGUCCGGCCCGCCCGUGCGGCCCAGCGAGGCCGCGGCCGCCGCCCCGCGUUGCCAGGGCAGCGGCGGCGGAGCGGCUCCCGGCCGCCAUGAGCAGGAAGGGGAUGAAGCUGCUGGUGGACUCGCUGACCCGAUCCGCCAAGCACUUUAACAAAAGCGAAGUGGAAUGUCUGAUCAAGCUCUUCGACACGCUGGUGGCCAAGGCCCGCCGCGACUAUGCUGCGGCCGGCUUCGACCGCACCGUGUUCCGAGACACCCUGCACAGCGCCUUCGGCAUGACGGAUGAAGUGGUGCUGGACCGAGUGUUCAGCAUUUUUGAUAGAGACAACGAUGGCUGCAUCACUGUGGUGGAAUGGGUGGAAGGCUUAGCAGUGUUACUCCGGGGAACACUGGAAGAGAAGAUGAAACUGUGUUUUACUGUUUAUGACCUGAAUGGUGAUGGAUACAUUUCGAAAGAGGAAAUGUUUCAAAUGCUGAAAAACAGCCUUCUCAUACAACCAGCUGAUGAAGAGCCUGAUGAGGGAGUUAAGGACUUGGUAGAGAUAGCACUGAAGAAAAUGGACCAUGAUCAAGAUGGCAAGCUUUCUUUUACGGACUUUGAAAAAGCAGUCAGAGAUGAAAACCUUCUCUUAGAAGCCUUUGGACCAUGUUUGCCAGACAUAAAGAGCAGUAUCUCAUUUGAACAGAAAAUUUUCCGGGAAACUCCUAAAUAGUAACUCCAAGUUGUAACUCCAUUGCUGCAUAGUGUUAAAAGGGGUCUUUGUCUUCACUAUUCUUCAUGACAUAGUAAAAACAGUAAUAGUUUCAAGUUGCUCCUAAGCUUCAGUACUCCUUUAUUGUUAAAGCUAUUAAAUAAAUGAAUUUACUUCUGUAACUCUA